UGCGCAUGCGCACUCGGUGUAAACAGGAAGAACCGAACGAAAAACGAGAGCAAAUCUACCAUAAAGAGAAGAACAUGAUCGGACAAAUACGAACCGACGCCUUGUUUUUCCUUAUAUAUUAAUCAAUACAAAUGUCGUCCGGUAGCACCUGAUAGUAAUUUCGAUUGCAUAUUGUAGAAGCAGUCGCUACAUUUUCGACCACUUUGAUAGACUCGGUAAUACCGUCAGCUAGCUCACGUUAAGAAAGACAGCGACGAUUUAUUUCCUCCAGGUUUUUGCGAAUUUUGUCUGCUGAGCUACAUUUACAAGCAAAACACACACACACAAAAAAAAACCUCGCUGCACUCUCUGAAUCUAGUGGCUUUUUUUUUUUAAAUCGAGGGAAAUCUCUUGCAAUGGUUCAGAAGGAUAAGACGCUGGAGACUCCUCCGGUGGACGGCGAGCAGAGCCCCAGCCCGGUCUCUGGAGAGGCUUGUGCCGAGGCCCUUGGCCCGGUGGAAGAGUCCGACAUUGCAGUCGAACCGACCGGCCACAGGAAGUUCAUAAGUGGGGUCGUGGAAGGCUUUUAUGGUCGACCAUGGACAAUGGAGCAGAGGAAAGAGUUGUUCAGAAGGCAGCAGAAAUGGGGACUGAAUACAUACCUUUAUGCACCCAAAGAUGACUACAAGCACAGAAUGUUCUGGAGAGAGCUGUACUCAGUGGAGGAAGCAGAACAACUCAUGACUUUAAUCGGUGCUGCUAAGGACCAUGGGAUUGAGUUCAUCUAUGCCAUUUCCCCUGGACUGGAUAUCACCUUCUCCAAUCAGAAAGAGGUUUCUGCACUCAAGAGGAAACUUGACCAGGUUACUCACUUUGGCUGCAAGUCAUUUGCCUUACUUUUUGACGAUAUUGACCACAACAUGUGCCCUGCUGACAAAGAGGUGUUCAGCUCAUUUGCACACGCUCAGGUAUCCAUUACCAAUGAAAUCUACCAGUACCUGGGAGAGCCCGAAACCUUCCUCUUCUGUCCCACAGAAUACUGUGGAACAUUCUGCUACCCAAAUGUCACUCAGUCCCCCUACCUCCACACUGUAGGAGAGAAGCUACUGCCUGACAUUGAUGUGCUGUGGACAGGCCCCAAGGUGGUGUCCAAAGAUAUCACAGUGGAGUCUAUUGAGGAGGUGUCAAAAAUCCUAAGAAGAGCCCCGGUGAUCUGGGACAACAUUCACGCCAAUGAUUAUGACCAAAAGAGGCUUUUCUUGGGUCCAUACAAAGGCCGCUCCACAGAGCUCAUCCCCAGGCUGAAGGGAGUCCUCACCAACCCUAACUGCGAGUUUGAGUCCAAUUUUGUAGCGAUCCACACUCUGGCCACCUGGUACAAGUCUAAUAUGAAUGGGGUGCGCAAGGAUGUGGUCAUGACCGAUGGCGAGGACAGCACAGUGUCCAUCCAGAUCAAGUUGGAGAAUGAGGGCAGUGAUGAAGAACUGGAGACAGAUAUGCUCUACAGCCCACAGCUUGCUCUAAAACUGGCUCUCACAGAAUGGCUGGGGGAAUUUUGUGUUCCUCAUCAAUACAACAGCCGACAGGUGCCUCAGAGUGGUGCCAAAAGCACAGCCAUCAACGUGUCAUCCAUGGCAGCUCCCUCUCUUUGCUCUUCCACAACAGUCACAACUGUGUUCCAGCAGCCCAUCAUGUCUCCAGCCAUGCCACCGCUCUGUCUGGAUCCACUCUCACACCCCAUGGCAAAAAUACCUCAGGAGGAAGAAGAGGUGGAGGUAGAGAAGAAGGAUUCAGAUGAGGAGCCCAUGGAGAUGGUGGUUGAGAAAAUGGUGGAUGAACCAGAGCCAGAAGUAGAGACUGACCCAGAGGAAAAGCACAUUGGUCCUAUCAUGGCUGACAAGAUGGCUGAGGACCUGAAGCCCAUGGAUACUGACAAGGAAAGUCUUGCAGAGUCAAAGUCCCCUGAAGAAUCUAUCCAGGAGGACUCUGGGAGCGACAUCGCCCCUAUGCAAACAGACGAUCAGCUCAAACAGGUGGCGCAAACAUUUGAUGUGUUUGUGCCUGGGCCCAAUGAGAAGCCCCUGUUCACAGCAGAGCCCCUCACACUUGAGGACCUGAGCUUGCUGGCAGAGCUCUUCUACCUGCCUUAUGAGCACGGAAACAAGGCCGUGCAGAUGUUAAAGGAGUUCAACUGGCUAAGAGCCAACAGCAGCGUCGUCAGUGUCAACUGCAAGCGAAAGGAAACUGAAAAGGUCGCAGAAUGGCAAUCAAGGGCCGAGAAGUUUGAGGAGAUGUGCUGCUCAGUCAUCCACAUGUUCACACGGCUGUCCAAUUCAGCCAACCGCACCAUCCUGUAUGACCUCUACCCUUACAUCUGGGACAUCAAAAGCAUCAUUUCUAUGGUCAAGUCUUUUGUCCAGUGGCUAGAUGGAAGAAUCCACAGUACAAGUUUCUACUGCUAUUGGAUCGACAGUGGCCGAUGGUGUCGUAGUCAGUCCUCAGCACAAUUCCUUAGAGGAGACCAAGAGCCCUGGGCCUUUAGGGGAGGUCUAGCAGGAGAGUUCCAGAGAUUGUUGCCAAUAGAAGCGGCAAACGAUCUUUUCUACCAACCUCCACCUUCAAUGCCAACCUCCAAACUCUAUUCCAUACGGCCGUACUUUCCCAAAGAUGAGGCUGCAGUUUAUAAAAUCUGUAAAGAAAUGUACUGUGAAGGUCUUGAGGACAUACCUUUCUCUGAUGAGGAUCCUGACCUCAUAGGAGACAGGUUAGUAGGAGGUCUCCUAUCACUGAGCUCUGAGUAUGGGUUUGUGCUAGAGGAUGAUGAAGGGAUCUGCGGUUAUGCUCUCGGCACCGUGGAUGUCAAGCCCUUCCUCAAGAAAUGCAAGUUGAGUUGGAUUCCCUUCAUGCAAGAGAAAUACAACAAACCUGACUGUCAGAAGGACCUCACAGAGGCUGAGAAGAUGAUGCUGAGUUUCCACGAAGAGGAUGAGGUUCUUCCAGACUCCUUCCUCUCCAACUUCCCCUCUCUCAUCAAGGUUGACAUUCACGCCAAGGUCACAGACCCAAGUGUGGCCAAAAGCAUGAUGGGAUGUCUUCUAUCUUCUCUUAAGGCCAACGGGUCCCUUGGCGCGUUCUGUAAGGUUCGUCAGACUGAUAAGAGAAUGUUGGACUUCUAUGGUAAACUGGGAUGCUUUGAAGUAGCCAAAAUGGAGGGCUUCCCCAAAGAUGUCAUCAUUAUGGGACGCAGCCUAUGAAGAAACGUCCUGCUACAAUAACAGACAGAGAGCGAGGGAGAGCAAGUCAGCGUGGCUUAAACAUGUUUGCUACCUUCAUGAGAAAAACUUCCAUGAUGAUUUUAUACUACAUUACCAUCUGGGCUAGCCCCGGGAAACCUCUUUUUAGGAUUUGUGUACAGAAGCACAGCAGUUGCGCACACACACAGAUUCCCCUGUGCUGCCCUUAGAUGUUAUGGCCCUGUUGGAUUCAGCCGAUCCGAAGCUAACAGGCGGAGGAAUGAUCUGUAGUCAGAUGAUUUAAGCCAACAUGGAAGAGUGGCACUCCGGCAUUGAUUUAUGGGGUGCCACUGCUCAUAUACCUCCAAGAGGCAGGAAGUAAUAACUCCAUAAGCCUUUUUCUGAUUUAAUCCAGUAGCCAUUACAUGGAUAUUGCCCACAAAGUGUCUGUAUCCUAAAUGGAGGCAGAGCUGUGAAAGGAGGGCGGCCUGUAUCUCAGGUAGUGUCUUACUACCACUACGUCCCGCUUUCCCAGCUUUAACAUAGAGAAAUAACACAGCUGUCGACAUAAGUAGGACACCUUUGUACAGGAUGUGAGGUGCUAUUUGAGAGUUUGCCUUUCAUCAUCACAUCAUGGUAUUUCCAAUUGCUCCACAGUAGACUUCGAGAAAGAGGCCUUUUAAAGUGGUAUGCUUCUAACAAAAAGUGAUGAGAAAAGCAAGUCUGAGAAAAUUGUAGCUUUGGGGGGUUUAAUGAAACCCUUUAAUAAAGGAUUGUCACAGACCAUCAAGGAAAAGUAUUUGUUGAGACUGUUAAAGACUCAACCAGGAGGUCCCCUGAAUUUCCGUUCAAGUAGUCGUAGACAUUCGGAAAGCAAAAGAAGAGCUUCCACACGUUUACAAACAUGGUUCUCAGCCUAUUUCGUUUCAGCGCUUCGCUUGUGGCCAUUUUUUCCUUUUUUAGAGCUGAGUUGUUUUUUGCCCCCCCCCCCCCCUCCCUUAAGCUAUUGCCUUUUGGUUCAUUGCCUUUGGAUUUUAGGUUGAUAUUUCAGACCCCAGUGUCUUGUGUGUAAAGGUUUUUCUCACACACGUGUCAGAUACAGCCCGAGAAAGGUCAUUUUGGACAUCGGCCUUAUUGCUCGGAUUCCAGAGAAGUAGUCUGACAUUGACAGUCACAUGUCUUAUUUUUGCCCAACCAGAUCACAGACUCCAGCACAAAUCCCUCAGUAAACCUAAGCUGACUGACAGGGAUAUGUCUGUCACAGAGAGCUCAGACCAUCUCAUUAAGUUAUGUAAAAUGAUACGUUUACAAACGUUUGUCUGGCACACAUUUGUUAAAAUGAAUAUGAGUAUAUGAGGCCUAUGAAGAAAAGACCCUCCCGCUGUCAUAAAGAUGCUCAGUUUUUUUCUUAACCACUAAUUCCAAACCUGACUUGUAAAGCAGGUAAUCUGGGCGAAGUUCAUCUUUUUGCUUGUCAUUGUUAAUAUAUUUUUUUUUUUACUUGCUUGCAUCUGUAAUUUCUUCAACCCUCCCUGCAUUGUUUAAACAUUGUAUACUCUCAAAUGAAUGUCUUCUCAGUUGAGCCUUGGUGAACGCUCUCACUAUCACAGAGGCUGUUAAAUCCUGUCACCAAAGUGACUCCCACACUGAAGCUGUGGGGGCUUGGAGCAGAAAUUCCUAGGCCUUUCCUAUCUGUCCAUUGAAUGUUUUAUAUUCUGACUCAUUUCCCAUUUUUGUUUUUGUAAAUGUAUAUACUUAAAAAAAAAAGCACUUGGACAAUAGAUAGGAGUGUUCUGUUGGUUACACGAGGAUCAUCAGUUGCUCUUCAGUAGCUGCCUGCCAAUGUGAUGUUUUGAUACUGUGUACAUUCAUAAUGUGCAUGAGGUGUAUUGGAUUUGCUGUGGCGGUCAGUAUAAUAGCCUCAUCUCAUGCUACAUAGAGGAAGAAGCAUGCCACUCACCUCUUUGAGCAUAAUACUGUAGUUGGUAGACAGUCUGUAAACACUGUCAAUCAUAAAGUGUUUAUUAUUUUGUAUAUCUUUGGCUGUGCUUUCUGUUGCCCUUCAAGAAGAAGAAAAUGCUGGCCUUGUUACAACGCCCUGUCCUGUACAGCCUUCCUACCUGGCCGUGUUUCAACAAGGUGUGAGACUCACCAACAGACCUGCUGGUCGUCUUCUGAAAUGACAGCAGAAUUUCCGCGCUUGUUUUAAAUGGUUCAUUUUGCAGUUUGUCGACGUCCAAGCGUUUGUCCUCUGCCAACCGGGUUUGAUAGAAAUGGGCUUUGACUGAGAGAAAGGGCUUACAAUUGUACAUUUCGAUUAUCUGAGUUUAGGGUUUUGGGGGGNNUUG